UAGCUUCCAAUUGUUGAAUCCAACAAACAAGAGAAUUGCUCAAACUCAUCGUGCUCGGAAUUUGGACGACAAAUCCGUCACUCAAAUCCAACGAGGAGAUCAACCAUAACCUCUUUUGUUAUCAAGCUCAUCUCACUCUCAACUUGUCAUCCAUGUGGUGAGGGGAAUGCACCAAUGCCAAGAGAAAAGAUAAGGACAAAUGAGAAAAGGAGUCAAAGUAAUGGAGUCCAUUCACUUCACAAAGACGGGUUAGGUUGCAUAGGAAACUAUAUGAAGAGGACAAAAGGGUAUGGCCCUUCCUCCAUAACAAUAUCUUUGCAAAAAUAUCAACAAAGUAGGGUUCUUUUUCACUAUAUGUCGUUCUCAUGGAUUGGAUUCUUCAGGAAAGAGUUAAUUAGGGUUGGUGGUGGCCCGAAUAAUUGCCGGAAGUUUGAGAGGCCGGUAGCCUUGGAGCUACCCGUUUUUAUCCACCCAUAGCUAAUGUCGAUUCAAAGAUGUGUACUACGGUUGGUUAGUUCCGCAAGGACAAUAUGUUAGUGAAAGGUUAGAAUACAUGUCAUGAUGAUGAUGUGAUUAGGUCAUAGUAUGCGGCCGAUCGACUGGUCGGUGGGUAUGGCUCGGUUCGGUUUAGAAUUGAUUCGCAAAUUCAGUUAUGUCCUUGUUUUGUUUAGGCAUGCUCGUGAAAAGGACGACAUUAUUAGGUGUUUAGCUUUGCUCUUUGCGAGGGUUUUUUUUUUCUCCAGACGACGACUCGCAUCACACCAUGAACGAUGGGUUGUGUGACAUGAGUUCAGAAUUUUUUUUAUCAUUCGUAUUGAGCAAGUGUUUUGAAAUUGUGGCGAAUUUGUAUGUUAAUAGUGAAAGAGAUUAUCAUGAGUUGUGAGUUCUGUGAUAUUAUUAAUAAUUAUUUUUUUAAAUGCAUUUUAGAAAACGAGCCAACGAAACAAGGAACCUUUACUACGCCAGACAACGGUUUUGAAAUCGUACCCUCCCGUUCAGUCGGACCGGGAAUACAGGGUGCUGGAUCUCAAAUCGAUAGAUGGUUUUAGCAAACAUCAUAUCUAGUAAAAAAUAUAUAUAAUCUAACAAACUAAUGAUUUUUAUCAACAAACCAAUUCAUAACGUAUAGGUUUUUCGCCCCCUCAUAAGUUAUAAAUCGAUUCACUCAUAAGUCGCUAGUAAAGUCAAACUGACUCACUAGCCACAUUAUGAGUGAGCUCGUGAACUCAAUAGCUCACAACUUGAACUCAACAAGCCACUGACUCGUGAGACUUGCAAGAUUAAAAACGCAUGAUUCAACUUCGACUCGUUAGUAGACGAGCCGAGUGCCAAACAACCUUUUCUUGAACCGAACCCUGUCUUGAGAGUAUGGGCUCAUUUAGCACUAUACAAACUUCCUGAAAGAGGAUAUGGCGGGCCGAAAGAAAUAAUGGCCCGUUUCUCUUUUGGGCCUGACUGAUCCAGGCCUAUUGGGUUCAUAAUAUCCUCAUUUUUUUCUUCCUCCCUAAUUUGAAACUUGGCUCUUGGAAUCUUGUGAAAACGAGCCAAAUCCGGAGCAACAAAAGUCAAUAUGACGUACGACGAGACGACAGCAGAGACAAACGGAGCGGCCAUGGACUCCGACACAUAACAGAUUUCCAUCUCUUCCCCCAGCCAUUUUCCUCCCAUAACGUCCCUCGUCUCCCCCGAGACAAACAACGGAUGUCUCUCGCCGGAACGCCGCCGCAUCCCGCGGCGGACUCCUCCCCAUGGGAAUGCAUGCUCCCCGGCCCGCCGUCCCGCAACAACUUCGGCUCCGUCGACAUUUCCCCCUCCGGCCUCCUCGCCUUCCCAUCCGGAUCCUCAAUCUCGGUCGUCGACUCCCGUUCCCUACAGCACAUCUCCACCAUCCCGCUCCCCGCCCCUUCUUCCCCCUCCUCCUCCUCCUCCGCCUCCGCCGCCGCUCUAUCCCCGUUCGUCACCUCCGUCCGCUGGACUCCCCUCCCCCUCAGCCGCGACCUCCUCGUCACCGAGCCGUCCUCCUCCCACCUCAUCCUCGCCGUCGGGGACCGGCACGGACGGAUCGCGCUCGUCGACUUCCGCCACAAAUCCGUCCUCCUCUGGCUCGAUUCCUCCGAUUCCGCCUCCAAGUCCGGAAUUCAGGACCUCUGCUGGAUCCUAUUCCGCCCCGACGCCUACAUCCUCGCGGCGAUCUCCGGCCCCUCGACGCUCUCCCUCUACAACGCCACCACGGGACACUGCUUCUUCAAGUACGAUUCGACUCCGGAGCUCCUCUCCUGCGUCCGCCGCGAUCCGUUCGAUCCCCGGCAUUGCUGCGUGAUUGGGCUCAAGGGCUUCCUGCUCUCCAUCGUGGUGCUGGGAGAAGCGGAGGACGAGGUUGUGGUGGAGGUGCUUCGGAUUCCUACCGAUUGCACGGAGUUUCUGAAGCUCGAGAGGGAUGCUGCCAGCAAUGGAUCUUCCUCCUCCACCACGCCAGCGGCGGCCGCCUUCCCGCGGUACUCCGUGAAGCUGACGUUCUCGCCGCAGUGGAGGCACAUUCUGUUCGUGACGUUUCCUAGGGAGCUGGUGGUUUUCGAUUUGCAGUAUGAGACGGCGCUUUCCAGUUCUUCCCUGCCGAGAGGGUGCUCCAAGUUUCUGGAUGUGUUGACGGAUCCGAACAGCGACUUCUUGUACUGUGCGCACUUGGAUGGCAAGCUAAGCGUCUGGCGGCGAAAAGAGUAAGUUGUGCUAUAUGAUUCAAUGGGGAAUUUAGUAUGUCUGAAGCAAAUGAGGAAUUCAAUAUGACUGAUAGUUGUAGGCGCUGAGAAUCUCUAGUUUUCCUUCUAGGCGAUUGAGUGAAUGUAAUGGCUUUCCAUAGCAAGAACUAGGUCUGUUUCGCGGAGUUCCUAGUUAAUUGUAUUUGCAAAUGGAAGAGUUAAUGAAACACCAAAGGGAACAGGGUUGGUGUUCUAGCAUUCCGUUAAAGGACAAUUUGACAUAGGCAAGUCCAUCCGAAUGGUGUUCUAGUACUGGAAAAAUGUUGCUUCAUUGCUCAUGAUCUAGGAAAGAUUCGUUUGCUAGAACCAAGUUAGAGCUCAAAUGAAUUCUUUUGACGUGGGGAGAGCCGUUAUUUUCACUUUUGAAUGGCUGGUAGGGAUGUGAAAUGUGGUUAAUGAGAUCCUAAUGAAAGAUCCAAAAGGUU